AUGAAUUCAACGGCGCGUCAGCCAUCAUGUAUUGUUAUUGGUGCUGGAGCUGUUGGGGUGAUCGCCGCCUAUUCACUUUCUCGCGCCCACAAAUGUACUGUCUCACUCGUGGUACGCUCAGACUAUGAUCAUGUCAUGAAGCAGGGAUAUCAAAUUGACUCGUGCGAUUACGGCUUCAUACAAUGCUGGAAACCAAAUCAUGUCUACCAGAGCGCGGUAGACGCGGCUUCUUCGAAGAUAUUUUUUGAUUAUAUUAUCGUAACUGUGAAAAAUAUUCCAGAUGGGCCUGUUCAAGAUCGUAUAAGCGAAAUUGUUAGGCCAAUUGUAGAUUCUAAUCGAAAUCUUUCCCAGAGAAGGUUAACAAAUAUAUUACUUAUUCAAAAUGGAAUUGAUAUUGAAAAGGAGGUAUUGAACAAUUUUGAAGAAACUAAGUACAAUUUGUCCUUGCUUUCAGGUGUCCAGAUGAUUGCAUCAACAAAAAUAGGACCGGGAAACGUUCAACAAAGUGGUAGGGACAGCAUUUCUAUCGGAGCUUUCAAUUGUGAAGAUCACAGAGCAGUGUCUUCGGCUCACGAGUUCGUUUCAAUAUAUCAAAACGAAGGUUGUAACUACGUUGAUUAUGAUCCAAACGUUCGUUACACCAGAUGGAGAAAAUUAUUGUAUAAUGCUACUAUCAGCACUACUACGACUCUAGCUGGUUUAGAUGCCUUGAGAUGUAUUGAAUUCGGACAGGAUCAAAAAGGGACCGAAGUUUACAUUCUGAGACCUGCCAUGAAAGAAAUAAUUGCAAUAGCUGCGAGUGAAGGUAUCUACCUCGGAGAUGACCAAAUUGAGCAUUUUCUUAAGGUUGCAAGAAAGCUCAUUUAUAAACCUUCCAUGUGCGUUGAUUUCGAGAAAGGGCGACUAAUGGAGCUUGAGGUUAUUUUAGGCCAUCCCAUCAGAAUUGCCCAAUCUAACGAGAUACAGACUCCCACUCUUAUGGUCUUGUAUCACUUACUGACACUUUUACAAGCAAAGGUUAAAGAGUCUAAGGGCUUAAUAGGACUUGAAGGAUGUCCUCCUAUAUUAGUAGAAAAUAGCUUGAAUUGA